CAAGAAACUGGUUUGGUACUUGGUCCAGUUAGUAAGUAAUAUUACGCUGCUAAUAAUUGAAAAACAAGAAGGUACCAAAGAAAUACUAAAAUGCGGGAAGUAUAUUUGUUAUGGAUAAGUCUUUCUCUGCUGAACGAUGCCAGUUACUGUUAUGGAAGCGCCGUUCUCACGUCAAACCGAAGUGCUCCAUUAGUCGGCCUGCCGCUCGUUCUCCGGUACAAGCACACCGACGUCACGAACCUGACACAGAGAGUGUCCUUCUUCCUGAGGUCCAUCCUACAGGGAUUCUGCGAAGGCUACACCCGCAGUAAUGGGUCGUGCGGCUCGGAACGAGGUCACAAUGUCACGCGACAGUCGGGAAACGAGGUCACGCUUGUCAUACUCUCCUUCAACGGAUCCAGACAUGCUGGCGUCUGGAGGGUGCAGGACGGGACGCGCACGUUUUCAAAUGCCCUGGUUUUCACCCCUCCGUUUACAACCGUGGUGAACACGACACUGAUUGAUUACACAAAGGCGUGCCCGAUCCAGGAACAGGUCGACUCCAAGACAGACAUUGAACUGAGCAUCACGACCGCGUGUUCGUACCCAAGGGUCGACAUCAUCUGGCUGUUCCUGGGUAAAAUAGUAGACACGGACACGACAACCAAUGGUACUGACUGUGCUGCCCCUCGGGUGAAGACCACGGCUGCUGUUACACUCGGUUAUAAACAGAUGCUGGGCAGCGUCCAUAUCGCAGUUCACAUGAAACAUCCGUCCUUCGACAAUGGAGCUUUCGACCAGCUCAUCUGUGUCCCAAACUUUAGAAAAGCUAUCUACAGCUCCCCAACAUUAAAUGUCAAAGUGAUUGUUAUAAUACUUGGAGUACUCAUAUGUCUGUGUAUCAUUGCCGUAUUGGUACUACUGCAUUUCAAUCUGAAACGCAUGAAAAAGAAGCAGCAGAGGAAAGGACUUAUUUUGGUUACACGAAGACACAACUAGGAAGAAAGUGCAUCUUUGUGAAGUAGGAUGGUCACCCACCAAAUCUCGCAGAGUGUUCUGUCUACACAGACACCCCAGAGUAAAUUGUCUAUACAUACUGAAUAAACACACAUCAAGUCAAACUGUUAUACUCGCAGUGUGCUGUCUACACAGACACCCCAGAGUAAACUGUCUAUACAUACUGAAUAAACACACAUCAAGUCAAACUGUUAUACUCGCAGAGUGUUCUGUCUACAGACGCCCCAGAGUAAACUGUCUAUACAUACUGAAUAAACACACAUCAAAUCAAACUGU